GGCAAGUCCGUAUAUUUUGAAGUUCCGCAAGGAAGAUCAGUUUACAGACGCAUUACCACAUACAGUCUAAAUAUCUCCCAUGUCGAUGAGUACUUUAAAGCAAGCAUCCAUAUGCGCAUGAAGAUGUUAAUAUACAAAGAAGCAAGCAUCAGUGGCCCAUGGAUACACUGGUUUAUAUGCACCCUGCUCUCACUUCUUCAUGGAGUAAUAUCUGAAACCAGUAGAGCACUGGAUAUAAUGACAAAAUAUCCACUAAUCGAUGGGCACAAUGACCUGGCACUGCGUCUGAGAAUCCAGUACAACAACAAACUGAGCCUGGUCAAUCCACAAAAUAUUCCUAAUGUGGCUACAGAUAUCACUCGUCUCACUGCUGGUCAUGUUGGAGGACAGCGACAACAAACUGCAGCACUUGGUAACGUUAUCUUAGAGAUGGAAUCCAGCAAACGUCCGGCUCCCAGCACAGCACAACUGCUACACAAACUCCAAGUCUUUGCAGCAUACGUGUUGUGUACAGCUCAGGACAAAGAUGCAGUCAGACUGACUUUGGAACAGAUAGAUGUGAUUCGUCGUAUGUGUACUGAAAACCCAGAGUUGGAACUGGUCACCUCAGCUGAAGGAAUGAGGAACAGUAAAAAAAUCGCAUGUCUAAUCAGUGUGGAGGGAGGUCACUCCAUCGACAGCAGCUUACCAGCACUGCGCAUGUUCUAUCAGCUUGGAGUGAGAUCCAUGGCUCUUACACACACCUGCAACACACCGUGGGCUGAGAGCUCAUCUAGAUUUUACCCAUAUUAUCAGUGGAAGAAAAAUAGCCUGACAGAAUUUGGUAAGGCAGUGGUGCAUGAAAUGAACAGGUUAGGAAUGCUGAUCGAUCUGUCCCAUACCUCCUGGGAGACAGCCAGAGAAGUGCUGAAACAUUCUAGAGCUCCAGUUAUUUUCAGCCACUCCUCAGCCUAUGCUAUCUGUAACAACACUCGCAAUGUACCUGAUGACAUGCUACUGCUGCUUAAAGAAAAUGGUGGGCUUAUUAUGAUAAACUUCUACAACAGUUAUGUAGCAUGCUCAAAAGAAGCAGACGUCUCUAUUGUGGCUGAUCAUUUUGAUCAUAUUAAGUUGGUGAUAGGAGCUGAAAGCAUUGGGAUUGGAGCAGACUUUGAUGGGGGACAUGGAUUCCCUAAAGGCCUGGAGGAUGUCUCCAAAUAUUCAGCUCUAAUUGGGGAACUGAUGUCAAGGAACUGGAGUGAGGAGGAAUUGGCAAGAGUGCUAAGAUUGAACUUCCUUGGAGUGUUCCUAAAGGUUGAAAAGGUGCGUGAUGAUAUGUCUAACACUUUACCCAGUGAAGUUGAAAUCCCAUUUUUGGAGGCAAACAACAGCUGUCGUGUGAUACUAACCCAUCCAUUCAUCAAGGCUGAGAGUAGCUAUCAAAACAGAAACUCUCCUUUGCUGCCUGUGACAUCUCUAGCCUGGUUAAUUUCACUUGUUGUCCAAUUUAUCUAAUUAUAGAGCAAUACACAAACUAAGCACAGUAUACAAUCAAAUGACUUAGUGAAGUCUGCCUUCGAAUUGUCUUGCCUACAGAGUUGAUCUAAAUCUAAACUCUGCAAGACCAAAAAUUAAAUUGACAGCUAACUCUGACUGAAACUGAUACAUUUAGGCCUUUGAAGGUUUUUAUGUACAUUGACAGGUUUGGAAACAGUUCUUGAAAACCAUACUUGAGAAUAUAUAUAGAUUGCUAGUGUAAAGAUCUAAUUUCUGUAGCAAAUUAAAAACUGAAAUUUCUGUUCUUUUAACAAGCUUUUGAAUGUAACAUUUCAAGAGAAAAAAAGAACAGGAAAAGAGAACUUGGAGUUGUUAUAUAGCAACCCGUGAAGUUUUUUUGAACAUAAGAAAUUCUUAAGUGGCCCAUUAGUUAAUGAAAUAAUAAAGUAAGGGCAACACAGUAGCUGGGCCCAGUAGUAAGAAAGCCCUUGGAUUAAAAACAAACAAACAAAAACUUAGUUAUAAUUGUAAGACUAAUUCCACUAUGGGUUUUCUUAAUGGUUUAAGAAAUUGGUCCGUUAACUUGAACAAUCUUUUAGCUUGCUGUUUCCUUAAAAGUGAAGUUUGUCUUUUCUGUGCUAAUAGCAGCACCAAACAGAAUUACAG